GUCGUCGUAAGAAAAUGCAAAUCGGUUAAUGAUGAGCUAUUCGGUUGCAUGUUAGCUAACGUUUUAACUCGUUCACGUUCAGUUCCGUGUUCCUGCGAAGCGACAACGCCGUGUUCAGCCCGCGAGUUCAGUUCGCAGCUAUGGCAACCUUGCGUGCAGCCAAGCAAGCUCUUAGAAAAGAGGUAAAGAAGAGACUGGCCUCUCUGAGUGAAGAAGAGAAACUUCGCCAGUCACAGAUUGUGUCUCAAAAGCUGUUCCAGCACCCCAGGUACAAAAGCAGCCGGCGCGUGGCUGUGUUUCUGAGCAUGGCUGACGAGGUGUGCACUGACGCUGUCGUCCGUGCCGUGCUUGGGAGUGGCAAAGCCUGCUUCAUCCCCAGGUACUUGGCCGGCGGCAACCACAUGGACAUGCUGCGUCUGAAGAGCCUGGAGGAUCUGGCCUCGCUACCCAUCACCAGCUGGAACAUCCGCCAGCCUGCCGACAGCGACACGGAGCGGGAAGAGGCCCUGUCUACAGGGUUGUGCAGCAAGCCCACUGCCCCAGUUUCAAGAGCACAGCAGCAGACACUGCGGCGCUCCCCGAUGGAGGUAAAAAAAGACGACAAUGGAGCUAUGAGCAGGAAUGCUACUCAUCCCCGUUAGGAAAUGGAAUGGCGAGAAUAUCAAUGACUCUAUUGUUCACCGAAAGAAGAGAAUCUGAAUGGAGUGGAAGAGGAUAAAAGUGGGUCACCCAUUUUAGCAGCAUAUUCAAGGGAAAACUUGGGUCGCUUCUUCAACAGUCAGAACAGUACGAGUUUUAUUAGAAUAUUAUUCCAGUUACACCUGUUUUACAUGAUGCACUUUGAACCUGAUUUUUAUGUACAGGGUCUUACAGUGUACUAGGACUCACAGUUCCUGUGGUGAAGGCAGUCACCUGACAGAUUUUUGUCCAUCAAACAAAUGUUCACAUUCAAGCAGCCUACAUUAAAUUAAGAGGCUAAGGUCUCCGAAUGUGACAUUUCCGAACUAUGGUUGACGAAUGAAAACAAGGCUUUUACUGAAGUGCCAUUGAUUUCACAAGAAGUAGGUGUUAGGGUAAGUCUCCACAAACGCAGUUACAUUAUCGAGAGAAGGCUAUUCUAAACAUAAUCCACUCCUACUUGCAAAUAUUAAUAAACAAACAGAAGAAUCCAUUUCUCUCUGUCAGUGUCAACCCUAUUGGUAUGCUACAGAUGGGAGCAGGCAAGCAGAUGCCUUAAACCAGAAGAACAAGAACAGCUAUUUAGAGGCAAACAACUGGCUCAAUAUUUUAGCUACCUCAGUGGCAGCUGUUCUUGUGUACUACUCCGAUCAAAGAUUAGCGUUGAUGUGCUGCUUCACCUAUACAAGAUGAGUGUGAAUGCUGAAUGCAGCCAGUAGCUGGCAAUCUUGGCCACCGAUUCUUUAAGCUCUAUGAAUUUAAGAGUUCUGACUGACAUUCACAUCGACUAACUGGCACCUGGCAUUCAGUGGUCCUAAGGCCUCUCUGAAGUAUUACCUAACCAACUUUACUACACCUCAGAUACAGAGUCAUAUGGAGAUGGUUAUUUUGUAUGUGUAUGCUGGGUAUGCUUCGCUUUCAAAGCUCUGUCCUAGUUUCUAAAUACUGAGUUACUUUAAAAUAAUGACCUUCAAGUACAUUAUUAGUUCUAAAAUAACAAGGCAAAUAAAAACGAAGCAGUAUUGUGCUGAUAACAGUUGGUUUCUUAAUUAAAUAAAUACGGUUGCCACCAAAUGUGAGAUACCUGUAGACUGGUACUAUGUAAAUAACAAGUAAACAUCAGAGGAGUCAUCUCACCUUCCUCAUAAAGUACUUAAUGACCCUUCAUACAUUCAGUUCUUCUGACAUGGUUUCUUGAAUAUAUAGUUAUCUGUUCAUAUCUCAAUUUAUUCUCUUACAAAAAAAAUUGCACAAACCCAAUAUACCUUUCCUGAUUUGUCAGAAAGAUAAACCUUGGUCCACCCCAUUACAUUCUGCCUGUGAAGUCACUGAAAAAUAAAUCCCAUUGAAUAGUAA